CAAAUCCAAUCUCAGCUACAAGAUCCGAUCUCCUUCUUCCCUAGAUUCAAAAAAAACCCCAUCGAUCUCCUCUCAAUUUCAAGCUCCCAAAUGCCGAUCUUCAAAAACCCUAACCCUAGAUCCAAACACGGCUCCACCCCCAAAUCCCGGCCCCUGCUUUUAUCGAUCUCCACCAUCUCCCUCGUCCUCCUCCUCGUCCUCUUCUCCUCCUCGUCGUCGUCGAUCCCCGCCGCCAAGUUCUCCGGCGCCGGAGAUGGAGCAUACGAGGCGAUGGAGGUGAAGGAGACGGAUGAGGAGUUGUUGAAGUGGAAGGAGAAGAGGUACUUGUAUUGGGGGAACAGGAUCGAUUGCCCAGGGAAGCAUUGCGAUUCUUGCGAGGGGUUAGGGCACCAGGAGUCGAGCUUGAGGUGCGCUCUCGAGGAGGCUUUGGUUCUUAAAAGAGUCUUCGUGAUGCCAUCAAGAAUGUGUAUCAACCCAAUACACAAUAAAAAGGGGAUUCUUCACCACUUGAGCAAUGCAAGUUCAGAAGAAAGAUGGGCAGCAAGUUCUUGUACAAUGGAUUCUUUGUAUGAUAUGGAUCUCAUUUCUGAAACUAUACCAGUAAUAUUGGACAAUUCAAAGACAUGGUAUCGAGUACUAUCAACAAGUAUGAAGUUAGGAAAGAUGGGGAUAGCACAUGUGGAGGGUAUCAGCAGAGUUGAUCUGAAAGGCAGUAAUGUCUUACUAAUAAACCGCACUGCAAGUCCUCUCUCCUGGUUUAUGGAGUGCAAGGAUCGAAAUAACCGCAGUUCAAUUGCGCUGCCAUAUUCAUUCCUCCCUUCAAUGGCAGCCAAACAGCUAAGGGACGUAGCUGAUAAGAUAAAGGCACUUCUUGGUGAUUAUGAUGCUAUUCAUGUACGCCGUGGGGAUAAGAUAAAGAUGAGGAAAGAUAGACAUGGUGUUGACAGGACUCUUCAUCCCCAUUUGGACAGAGAUACAAGACCUGAGUUUAUUCAACGGAGAAUUGCAAAAUGGAUUCCAUUUGGUCGAACUUUGUUCAUUGCUUCAAAUGAGAGAUCACCGGAUUUCUUUUCACCUCUUUCUGCAAGUUAUAAGCUUGCAUACUCAUCAAACUACAGCAACAUUCUAGACCCGGUUAUCAAGAACAAUUACCAACUUUUCAUGGUAGAACGACUAAUUCUGGCUGGUGCAACGACCUUCGUGAAGACGUUUAAGGAGGACGAAAAUGACCUCAGCCUCACCGAUGAUCCUAAAAAGAACACGAAGAGAUGGCAGGUUCCUGUUUAUACCAUGGAGGAAGAACAAAACUUAGCAUAAUUGAUUUUCAGUGCAGUUGUUUGCAUGUUAAGAGGCAUGCUGAAGGUUUUUUUGAGGGUUGAAGGAAUUCAACCGCACAUUGUGUUGUAAAUUAUUAACUACGUGUGUUUAUGGACAUGGUAAGUGGAUGGUGUGUAUUUUUUUGGUGUCUAGAAGUAGAAACUUAAGGUGUGUAACAUUUGAAAGGGGUUAGUUUUUAUGAUUCCGCCCCAAGUUAUGAGUUUCCUAUGUAAGAAAUAGUUAUUUUUACGAAAGUACUCAGAUUGGUUAUAUUCA